AGCAAUCAGGUAAACAAAACACAGUGGACUCAUAAAAAAAUAUCAGUGAGAGAAAAAAAGUCGCAGUAGCCAACAAAUCCCACUCCAAAUCAGAAGAAGAAGAAGAAUCUCCAUUGUCGCUUGACCCUAUUCGAUUUAGUUAUAUAUACCUCUUUUGACACACACAACUACUCUCUCUCUCUCUCUCUCAUUCCGUAGGUGUGUGUAUUGUGUAUGUAUAGGCGCUUGUCUUGUGGUUUACUGUAAUACAUAUCUUCACGGAGGAGAUUGCGGUGGAUGUUCUUUACCUUUUGUUCAACUUCGAAUCAAUUCUAUUCCAUCCCCGAUCCGCAACUCUCUACCUUCUGAGUUGAUUUCUUUUGGCUUUUCUUCAUGGUUUUUGGGGCUACUACAUCAUAAGAGGUUUAGGCAAUUAGCUAGAGGCAAGACAUGGCGACAUUUGGAGACAUAGGGGUUGCAGCAGCAUUUAAUAUUCUCAGUGCCUUGAUUUUUCUUAUAGCAUUUGCCUUCCUGCGGCUUCAGCCAUUUAAUGAUCGAGUGUAUUUUCCGAAAUGGUACCUCAAGGGAUUGAGAAGUAGUCCCAGUCACUCAGGCGCAUUCGUUACCAAAAUUGUCAAUUUAGACUGGAGAGCUUACAUUAGAUUUCUGAAUUGGGUACCAGAGGCACUUAAGAUGCCUGAGCCGGAGCUUAUUGAUCAUGCAGGGCUGGAUUCAGCUGCCUAUCUGCGGAUUUACUUGCUUGGACUAAAGAUUUUUGUUCCAGUGACGUUGCUUUCGUGGGCCAUCCUUGUGCCUGUCAACUGGACGAACAACACCUUGGCAGUGUUAGCUCAAGGAGAUGAAAAGAUAACAUUUAGUAAUAUUGACAAGCUCUCUAUUUCAAAUGUUCCGCAUGGAUCACCUAGGUUUUGGACUCAUGUAGUCAUGGCCUAUGUCUUUACUUUCUGGACAUGCUAUACGUUGAUGAAGGAGUAUGAAAUAAUUGCUACAAUGCGCUUACACUUUCUUGCUUCAGAAAAGCGUCGUCCUGAUCAAUUCACAGUUCUUGUCAGAAAUGUGCCUCCAGAUCCUGAUGAAUCAGUGUCUGAAUGUGUGGAGCACUUUUUUUUGGUCAACCAUCCAGAUCACUAUCUAACUCAUCAGGUUGUAAUCAAUGCCAAUAAACUUGCAAAACUGGUUGAGGAGAAGAAGAAAAAGGAAAACUGGCUUGACUAUUACCAAUUAAAAUAUUCAAGGAAUCAAGAGAAACGACCUAUGACUAAGACUGGUUUCCUUGGCCUUUGUGGAGAUAAAGUGGAUGGAAUUGAUUAUCAGACAGCUGAAAUAGAGAGACUGACCCAAGAAAUUGAAGCAGAGCGGGAAAGGGUAAAAACUGAUCCGAAGUGUAUCAUGCCAGCAGCUUUUGUCUCAUUCAAAACUAGGUGGGGUGCUGCUGUGUGUGCACAAACUCAGCAGUCCAGAAACCCAACUUUGUGGUUGACUGAAUGGGCUGCAGAGCCACGUGAUGUAUUCUGGGCUAACCUGGCAAUUCCUUACGUUUCAAUAACUAUUAGGAGGCUUAUUGCUGCAGUAGCUUUCUUCUUCCUUACAUUCUUCUUCAUGAUCCCUGUUUCUGCCGUUCAGUCUCUUGCAAAUAUUGAGAGUAUUGAGAAGAGGUUGCCUUUUCUCGAGCCAAUUGUUGAACAGAAAUUUAUUAAAUCUUUCAUCCAAGGUGUUCUUCCGGGGCUUGCUUUGAAGAUUUUUCUUAUAGUGCUACCAACAAUAUUGAUGAUGAUGUCCAAAUUUGAAGGCUUUCUGUCGAUAUCAGCUCUGGAGAGGAGAGCUGCCUUAAGAUAUUAUCUAUUCAACUUUGUUAAUGUUUUCCUUGUGAGCAUAAUAGCAGGAAGUGCACUUUCACAACUUGAUAGUUUUCUUCGUCAGUCACCAAAAGAAAUCCCUGAGACACUUGGUGUUGCAAUCCCUAUGAAAGCAACUUUCUUUAUUACUUAUGUAAUGGUUGAUGGAUGGGCUGGUAUUGCUGGAGAGAUCUUAAGACUGAAACCACUCAUAUUCUUCCAUCUGAAAAACUUCUUCCUGGUGAAGACUGAAAAGGACAGAGAUGAGGCGAUGGAUCCAGGAAGCAUCGGUUUUAACACCGGCGAACCUCAAAUACAAUUAUAUUUCCUUUUAGGUCUUGUCUAUGCUGUGGUGACACCAAUUUUCCUUCCUUUUAUUCUGGUAUUCUUUGCUCUGGCAUACAUGGUAUUUCGCCACCAGAUCAUAAAUGUAUACAAUCAAGAAUAUGAAAGUGCUGCAGCAUUCUGGCCAGACGUACACGGACGUAUUAUCUAUGCCCUGAUCUUCUCGCAGAUAGUCCUGAUGGGAUUAAUGGGUACAAAAGGUAUAUAUGAGGCCCCACUGGUCCUUAUUGUGCUUCCGGUGUUGACAAUCUUCUUUCAUCUCUACUGCAAAGGCCGUUAUCAACCAGCUUUUGUUAAAUUUCCUUUACAGGAAGCAAUGAUGAAAGACACCCUCGAACGAGCAAGAGAACCUAACCUGAAUUUGAAAGGCUAUCUCCAGCAUGCAUACAUCCACCCAGUUUUCAAAGAUGAUGAGGAUGAUGAAGAUGAAGGAUUCAACAAACUUGAUGAUAGCGUGAUUGUACCCACGAAAAGACAACAGUCGCGGAAAAAUACACCAGUUCCCAGCAAACUUAGUGGUGGAUCCUCACCAUCGCUGCCAGAUCACGAAGGCUCUUUGUCUUAGCAGGUAUACUGAUCCUGUUGUAAAUUAAUGAGAGAGUAGUUAAAGUUCCAUCGAGUAUAUAAGCUGUAAAAAGUGAUUCCAACUUUAACAUCAGCUUCAAUGAGGUUCCAUCGAAAAGUUUGUAUGGUUAUAUUGGUUAGUAUUUGUAUUGAAAUGAGAGUUUUACGCCCUUC